UAAAAAAAUAGGAAAGGCAAAAAAAGAAGAGAAACGCUUAGUAUCUCUCCGGCGACUUGAACCCAACCCAAACCUGAGGAUCAAAUUAGGGCACAAGGGCCUCUCGGAGACUGAAGCCAUGGGAAGGAAAAAACUAGAAAUCAAGCGAAUUGAGAACAAAAGUAGCCGACAAGUCACCUUCUCCAAACGUCGUAAUGGUCUCAUCGAGAAAGCUCGUCAGCUUUCUGUUCUCUGUGACGCAUCCGUCGCUCUUCUCGUCGUCUCCGCCUCCGGCAAGCUCUACAGCUUCUCCUCCGGUGAUAACCUGGUGAAGAUCCUUGAUCGAUAUGGGAAACAACAUGCUGAUGAUCUCAAAGCCUUGGAUCUUCAGUCAAAAGAACUGAACUAUGGUUCACACCAUGAGCUACUAGAACUUGUGGAAAGCAAUCUUGUGGAAUCAAAUGUCAACAAUGUGAGUGUCGAUUCCCUCGUUCAACUGGAGGAACACCUUGAGACCGCCCUCUCCAUAACUAGAGCGAAGAAGGUAAGUGGAUUCUAUAAUCUUGUUGAGAACCUCAAAGAAAAGGAGAAAUUGCUGAAAGAAGAGAACCAGGUUUUGGCUAGCCAGAUGGAGACGAAUCAUGUUGUUGGAGCAGAAGCUGAUAUGGAGAUGGAGAUGUCACCUGCUGGACAAAUCUCCGACAAUCUUCCGGUGACUCUCCCGCUGCUCAAUUAGGGCGGUUGAUAUCAAAAAUCCAAAACAUAUAUAUAAUUAAGGGAAGAAAAAAAA